AUGUCGCCCACUCGACACGGCCCACGGCGCCGUGGAGGGACGGCGAAGGGUGCUGGGGCUUCUCCGCGUGGGCCUGAACCUAGGUCACCGUCUCCUGCUUCUCUGUCGCCUUCUCGUGCUGCAGCGGCUCCAAUCGGUGUUCCCUCAUGCUCGCCGUAUGCGCAGAAUGACGCAGAAGAGCGAAUCGGGGUGGGUUCGGUGACGCCUGCUGAGCAGGCGCGCUGCUUGUCUCCGGCGUCGGAGGAAUCGCUCUCUAUAUCGAAGCAAGCGGUGGAGCGGAGUCAGUCGAGAGACUCCGGCGGGCAGGCGCCCCUGCAGGGCGGGGGUGUGCGCGCGAGUCCUGAAACAGCUUCCAGGAGAGGGGCGACCUCGCAGGCGUUCUCUUGUGCGCAUCGCGGCCUGCACGGCAACGCGGACACAGCCGGGCCUCCUGGCCUGACACCUCAAGGCUCCAGAGAGUCCAGCGAGUCCUCGCCUGCUGGCGGCGCUGCCGUUCCCCUUUUCGCGGUCCGAGACGGCCGAGGUGGUGGGGCCCCUCUGGGAACGGCGCGCGCCCGGCUGCUGCUGAUGAGGCACGGUUUGGCGCCCCUGCCCCCGGGCGCGUCCUCGCCCUCCGCGGCGCCGUCGGGGACUGCGAAUAGUCUUCGGUUUUUGCGGGAUCUUCAGACGCUUCCGGGCCCUCACGGACUGCAUGCAAGACACCUGGCCUCUUUCCUGCAGAAGCACCGUCGGACCUUCGCGCCCGCGCCGUGCGCAGCGUCUCGCGCCGCGGUGGUGCGCGACGGGCCAGGAGACCCGCGAAGGUACCCCUCGGGUCACCCCUUCGUUCACCCGUGCGGGCCUGGCGCAGCUAGCGCACGAGGUGAAGACAGUGGAAGGGAGCCCAUGCUGCUGGCGGCUUCCAGUCUCGUGGAUUUUUCUUCGUCGGUCCUAUUCCGGAAUGCGAACUCCGUCAACAUCGGCGCGGCGCACGCGGCGUCGGGGGACUCUCGCGAGUCGUCGCACUGCCACCUCCUUCGCUUGUCGUCGGACCUUUUGCCCAGCGUUUUAACCCCGUCGUCGUCCGUUUUCGAGUCCGCUGCUGGCGGGCUAGACAGAUGCAAGCAACGGAGGUCGCCGUCCACAGUGUUGCUGAGGGAGUCGCUGUUUGCCGACAGGGAUUCGGAGUCUCUUUGCGCCAGAGGUGCCGGUCUGCGCAGUCAGGGGACCACUGCACGCGACGGGGAGUCUUAUUGCUGCUCGGAGUUUCCUUCAGAUCCUCUACACAGACGUAAUUGGUCCGUGGGCGACGGAAACGAACGUGGACGCCUGAAGGAGACAAGAGACGUCGUGGGCUCGCAGUAUUCUGCGUCGCCUCAAUGUUUUCCCGCGGUCGCGCCCCUGGGUAAGAAGCUGUCUGCCGGUUCCCCGUCGUCUUCCCCUGCGCAGGCACAAGUCGAUAAAGGAGCUGCAGUGUGUGGCAGCAGGAGGCAUGGCAGGGUGUCGCCGUCGUCUUCGCAGACCUCUAGCGAUGCGGAGGGAUAUCGAGGAGAUGCUGCAGGCGACGACGGCGCGCCGUCCAUGAGGCUGCGGACGCCCAAGUCGUUGUCUGUUCUGACUUCGCCUGUGGCGACCGUGCUCUCGGCCGCGGAUGACUUUCUUCGUAGCGCCGUUGCCGUCAGCGUCUCCUCGCGUCAGGUGUGGGGUGAGGCCUCUGCCGCGCGCGACGUCGGAGAUGGCGGGGCAGCGUUAAAAGAAGGCUCAGGCCACGAGGGGUUUUCGGAAGAUGCGCAGCUGUCUUCACUCGCCGCGUCUCCGUUCUCUGUCGCUGGCGAACGCGCGAGGGACAGCGAAGCCGACGGCGGCGCCGGCGGCGGGUGGAUGGAGGCGCGAAGCUUCGGGCGAGAACAGCCGACGGCCAGCGGCGGGCCAAGCCCGACAGGGGGCCUUGGGUCGGAGGUCGGUAACUUCGUGAGUGGGCCUGGAGUGCGAGGAGCGCUACGAGAGCAGCUGCAAGCGCUGGAGAUGACUGGGAUGCGCGCCGGGAUGGGGCGACCGGGCACGUUGCGUGCUGCCUCGCAGAAAGAAGGGGAAGCGGAGGUGGUCGCCAGCAAUUCGUGUCUUCAGCGAAGAGGCAGGUCGCUGCCCCCUGUGCGCUGCGCCGACUGGCGCAGAUCGCGGGCCGUUGUCGCGGCUCUGCUCGGCUCCAAUGUGGCCUCGUGGCGGACGAAGCAUUUGGUUCAGCACUUGGGGCGUUUUCCUUUCUUUGCGGGUUUGCGCGACAUGUGCCGAGAGAUCUACUUACGCUCGAGUCUGGGGUGCGCUCGCGGCGCCGAAGACAACAGCGGGAGUGGAUUCUGUGUGGGGCGAAGGCGAGAAGAUGAGAGCAAAGGGAGGUGGGGUAGAUGGGUAGAGCGCGGCGCCGAAAACGUCCAUUCAGGCCCGAGUCAGGCUGCAAGGGGCUGCGCUGCGUCGGGGGAGUCCUCACCGGCGUCGGCUUCGUUCUCCACGUCGUUUUCCAGAUAUCCUUGCGCUCGUCCGAAGGGACGACGAGGUCGCGUCGAGUGGGUCAGGUCUGCUGCUGCGGACACGCAGCGGACGGACCCAGCUCUGGGUCCGUCCGCUGCGUGUCCUUGCCCAAAUGCUGCGUCAACAGCGACGGCAGCCGAACGCCGCUCGCUGCUUGCUUCUUUCACCUCCUGUCAGUCGUCUUCGCGUCAGGCAGUCUCUUCUGCGUUCUCCUCUCGCAGUUGCGAAGAGCGGGACACGGAGGUAGGCGUGCCGGCGGCGAGCGAUUCUGGAGAAUGCUUUCGGCUCAACCGCGAAGCGCAGGGACGGGGGGGCAUCCCUGGCGCCAACGGGCCCUUGACGUCGCGUAGCAGCGCCAAUUCGCGCGAUGGUCGUUGCAUGUGGAGUCCGCCCGAGGGCUGGGAAGAGAGUUCCGCGAGUAGCGACGAGUUCGUCGAAGACGAAAUGGAUGCAAGGCAAGACUUCUUGGGGAUCUGUUCGUAUCGGCGGAGGCGGCGUUUCUCCAAUCCGGAUUCGUCUCACGCGCAGUGGAGACCUGCUCAGUCUCUUCUGCGGCGGAAGCUGUGGCGGUUCACCAACAUUCCGUCAGAUGCGACGCUGGUGACUGGUCCACAUGGAGAAAAAGGGAGGAAUCCAGGAGGGCGGCGCGCGGAAGUGGGGUCGGAUGCGUGGCACAACGGGCUAGGCGGAAGCGCCGAUGCGGCGUUAUCGUUGUUUUCCCCGCAGAUGGAGUCCGGAGGCGGCGACGGCUACGGGAGCUUCAGGGGCCCAGAUGACGAUUGGACUCCCUCCUGCACCGACUCGCCCCGAGACCGCACCAGGGAAAGAAGGACAGUGGAUUUUGGCUUCGGCGCCUCCACAGCUGUCGUGGGCGGGGAGGUGCCAGGGAGGCGGAGCUCGCCUUCGAAUCCAGGCGGGCGGUCAGCGAUGGGAGAGGACAGCAGCAGUUCAGCGCAUCGCUUCGGCGCGUCGCCGUACCGCGCUUCGUCCUCUUGCCGAAGUAGAGAGGAGGCAGAUGUCUGGAAGAGCGAAGGAGGGAACGGAAAAGGUUGGGCGUGGAGAGCGCAGGGAAUGGGGGCAGACGCCCAUCAGGAGGCAAGUCGCGAGGAAGAUGGCGCUUUCGGCGGUGGUCGUGGAGGAGGGAGAGCGGAUUUCACCGCUCCGUCAAGUCAAGGCAGUGUAGAGAGUGUGGAGCGCGAGAGACGGGCUGAGUCAUCGCAGAAGCGGUUUGCCUGCCAUCAGGUGGAUUCUUCGUGUGCUUCUCUGUCGCGAGAUCCUUACUUGUUUGCUCGUACCCCGACAGGGAUCUCCAUGCGGCCGUCGGCAUUCUCUACCUGGUCGUCUUCAUCCCUCAAUCACUCUGCCUCGUCGGUUGACACACCCGAGAGCGGCAGGAGAGAGGGAGAGGCUGAAGGCCGUGACGGGGCGGGAGUGUACCAGAGGGACGGUGAUCGCCCGCGAGAAGAGCGAAUGCAGGCAGGCGUGGCGGGAAAUCGUGGUCACACUGCGGCGCCUUCGUCGGAGGCUGCGCCGCAAGCUCUGUCGACAUCCUCGUCUGACGAGCUGGCAGCCUCGAGUGGGGUCAAGACAGACCUCAGUUACGCCAUCCACAGCACUGUGAGGGGAGGAGGAGAAGUUGCAGGCGGUACGGCGGGAUCUGGGCGCUCUCUGCAGGGCUCCCUUUUCCAUGGCCCGUGGGAUCUGGGGAAGCAGUGCGUCUCCAGUCCUGCCGGCGAGGACCGGUUUUUCCAUGCCGCAGCGUCUCGCUCGAGUAGCCGAGACAACAGCCCCGAUCCUGCCGGCGCGUCUGCUGUUCCCCACAUCCGCGUACUGAGUGAAAGGGGAUCAGAUGGUGAGAGUCAGCCGACGGAGGGGAGAGGGGGGAGUGCCUCGGGUCGGGUCGAGGCGGGUCAGGAGGAAACAUGCGCCUCUUACCUUCCCGAGGCGACGCGGACAGGCUCGCCAGCGGCCUCGCACCCUUACGACGGGUUGGCGGCGGAGGCCGCUCGACAGGGUGGUGUUGCCCCCCCCCGGCGAAGCCCUGUCUCUCUGUUGCAAGGCUCGCUCCCUGCAGCCAUUGGCGGACGCCAGUCUGGCGCCUCCAGUUCGUGGCCAGGGAGCUCCAGCGGUGUGAGAAGCCUCCCUGCUGCCGGGGCUGGGGCGUCUGGGCUCUCCCACGAUAGUGGAAAUGCCGCAGGCCUCGCGCGUCCCAGUGGUAACGGAGAGGGCCGUGGUGAACUGGCUGCAGACGAAGCGUGUGGCCUCUCGAGCAACCCUGUGGUGCGGAGAGGAGGGGCGACGCGGAGCAGCGCCAGCAGCAUUGAGACGGAGGAAGGAUGGGUUGCGCGGCAGCUCGAAGAUUUCAGUCAAGGAGGCAGCGACCAGGAGACCUUGGAGUCGGCAGCUUCUUUCUGUCUCCGGAGAAAAUCCGGCGCUAGUUGGAGAAAUCCUCCCCGACUCCGGGCUUGCACGCUGCAGAGACUUCUCGCCAAGACCCACAGAAGAGACCUCGACGCGAUUGAGGCGUUCCGUAGGCGAACGGUGAGCUCGGAGUCUGUCGGGAGUGCGGGCUCGGUGGAAUCCGUGAGCAGCCUGGACAACCACAGCGGUGGCGGAGGGGCGGACUCGGGGGUGUGUUUGUCGCGCGUGUUUUCGCAUUCCGCCUCUCCGUCGUUCACUCUCGGCCUCGUUUCCUCGCCCGUCCACGGCUCGCCGCCCACUUCCCCCGCGCCGUUCCCGCUGGACCACGGGCACGGCGCGCAGGCAGAAGACUCCUCCGCCUUCUACCGCGGCCGUAUCCAGCGAGCCAACACAGUCGCGUUCGGGCCGGAGCAGGGCGAAGGCCAGGUGGGAGUCCUGACGAUGCACGCCACACGAGUCAGCGGAUGCUUGCGGGACUUCCCCCAGUGCGUCUUGGAGGUCAUUCUCAGCGGACGCGGACGGCGGACCCGACGCCGCAGACGGGAGCAAGAGGCCGGCUCACUGGCAUCCCGCCAUGCAGACGACGACUCCGAAGCUGAACAAAUCAGAGGCGGCCGAAGGCAGGGCACGCCGGUGUCAGACUCUUCCGAAGGCCUCGGCUCGCUUUCGAGGGAGACCAGCGCGCCGAGAUGGGCAGACAGCCGACGUGCGAGUGCUCCGACGACUUUGCCUUCCUUUUCGCCUGCGGCGUCGGCGCCCUGUGGGGCGGCGCGGCCGGCCAGCGGCGGGUCGUCGUCGCCUGUGGGGCGUUUCACGAGUGGCGCCGGUGGGAAGCGUCCGCGCCUGUGUCUCUGGUUGGGCUCGUUCUCUAUCCCGAGAGAUGACAAGCGGUACAGAGGAGGCGAGGACGCGUGGUUCACAAGCAGCAUGUGCAACGCGUUCGGCGUUGCCGACGGCGUGGGUGAGUGGGAGGACCUCGCGGGCAUCAAUCCACAGUCCUUCGCGGAGGAUCUGAUGAGGGGCUCUCUGAAGCACAUCCGCUCCACAAAGAAGAAGCACUGGGAAAAGCAGGCGAAAGCCCAACAGUCGGGAACGGCAGGAGACGCACAAACCGACGCAGAGUUCGAUGUCGCACAGGUCGCUGCAGAGGCACUCGCAAAGGCGCACAAAGAGGCGAAGAGCUACGGAAGCAGCACCGCGCUUGUGGGGGUUCUCAAUGAAGACAAAGGCGUCUUCGGGUUUGCCAAUCUCGGCGACAGCAGCGGGAUGGUUCUCCGCCGCCUGCGGGGCAACACGCGAGCCGCAGGCACAGCCCUCAGUAUCGUGAGGAGGGUGAAGGAAAUGCAGCAUAGCUUCAACGUUCCGUAUCAGUUUGCGCGCCUCCCAGCCCCAGAAGACUGGGAACAUCUGCGAGCUACGGGGUUGCAUCGUCUCGUGGCGAUUGCCGAGAAGGACUUUCGGGAUCGGGCAGAGCAGAAUAUGUUGGCUGAAAACAGUGCGGCGGAUGCCAGCGAAAACGAAAACGAAUCGUCCAUAGGCGACCCACCGUCUUGUAUCCAGUCAACAACAGUCCGCGUUGAAGAUGGAGAUCUGAUUCUUCUCGGGACGGACGGACUCUUCGAUAAUCUCUUUGACUACGAGAUCACCGCGCUCAGCAGUAAUUUGCGACAGGCGCUGCGGACACCGGACCUGGCUGGCGUAGUGCACGGCACUUUCACAUGCCCCCGACAGGUCGAACAGGACAGCGUCUCGGAGAGAGCUGACUAUGAAUCCGAAGGGGCAUCGUGGACGCAUAAAGGUCGGAAGGCGAAAAACGAGGCAGCGGCUGAGGUCGAAGAAGCAUCGCGGAUCCUAAUGCCCUCCGAUGUUAUACGGGUGGAGAAGGACCAGCACGGUAUUCUCACGUGCGCAGAUGGCUUUACAUACACCGUCGCGCCGGUCGUCGACAUGAAAGAUAGGGACGGUGAGCAAUUCGUCAGCGUCAAGCAGGGGGCCUUGUCUAUCGUCGCUAGCGUCCGCCACGAAGGCAAUGAUCAGUCACAGCUUGGGGCGGGGAAGGACCAAGCUGGUGGCCCAAACACUGAUGGACGGGUGGAAGAAACAAAAGACACAGGCGAUUCGACGAGUGUUUCGGAGGCAGCUGUGCUCGUGGGCUUGACUGGCCUCCCACACCAAAAGACCGAUGGAAGUCAUGGUGUUCAACCGGCUGUCAGUAUCGGAAAGCCAGUCGUCCUCUUGUGCAUGGGACGUGGAGCGCGAGUCGUAGCGCUCCCGCCCCGGCACAUCGAAUUGUUUGAGGGUCAGGGCCCCGGACCUUGGCUCCGACGUGUCAGCAUCGACAGCGUGUGGUUUCCGCGAGACCCGUCAGCAAGAAAAAGCAGGAAGAUUAUGCGAGUGAUUUUUUCUGAACCAAGGACAGCGGAAUCCUCCGGCAGGCGAAGGACGGUCGCCCCUCGGAAAGCUGAAAAUUUCUUACGCUCGUCCAUGAGUGUCCUUUUCAAAACUUAUGUUCUGUCAGCCCUGGCAAUGUUGGUCGGCCACUUCCUCACAUACCGGUCAGAGAUAGCCCGCAGGCUUCUUCUGCAGAAGUUUGUCAACAGGGGUAUCGCCGCAGAGCGUGUAGGCUUUCGAGCUAUCCCUUUCAUCACUGAUCAGGAUAUCGUGGAUUAUCAUGCUGCUCAGCGACUACAAAACAUCCGAACAUCACUAGAGUUUGCUAGAAGGAGAGACGCGGCCGCCGGAGCAGGCUUUCUGAUGGCAGGAGGCGGUCUCUUUGGGCUUAACCUCUCAGCGGAGCUCUUCCUUUUUGUUGUGAUACUCUAUAUCAUGAACAAGCCUCUGCUGUGGCUCAGCAAGUGGCACCAUACAAGGCAGCAGUCGAAAAGGCAGACGAAAAGAUCCGUCGCCGUGCGUACAUUCCAGGGUUCUCUCGAAGGCUCAGUCACUCCAUGCAAUUCACGUCGUAUUAUUGUUUUUCUGGUGGAUCUGAAACGCUUCCUUGGAGCGGCAGAUUGA